GCUCCUGGCAUCUGCGGUCAUAUCCGGUGGGCCGUCAAUCUCACCAACCCUUCGAUUCUCCGGUUCCGCAGCAGCGUGGGCGUGGCCCUUCUCCGCCGCGGCUGACGGGGCGUCGUCAUCCCGGCCGAGCGCGGCCACAGUGUCAAAAUUGUGGGUGAAGUGAACAACAGCAAAGGAAACAAUGGCACUGUCACGCAGUAUGAGAACAUGUUUGCACAGUGGAAGGCUUGCCCUUCUUGCAAUAUUGGUCUCUAGUGGAAUUGUAUUGCAAAUCUUGGCUUGUGCUCUCUAUAACAACUGGUGGCCAAUGUUGACAGUUCUGAUGUAUCUUAUACUACCAAUGCCCCUCAUAUUUUUCCUGGGUUCCGACUCUUCUUCGAUGAUGUCUAAUGGGGGAAACGGUUGGGUGAACUUCACCAAAUUCUUGACGGGCGCAUCGAUAGUGGGGAGCAUCGCCAUUCCAUCGAUCCUAAAACAUUCUGGUGUCAUUGGAUGGGGAGCCCUCACGAUGGAGCUAUCAUCCUUUGUGGUCUUUGGCGUGGCAAUCCUGUGGUUCCUCCAAAUGAACGGUGAAGACGGGUACAGCGGUGUCUUCUAAUUCUAACUUGCUCAAUCUCUUGCCUGCGUGAUACCUUUGCAAAAUAGUCGUGAACCUGUCUGUACAGCUACAGUCGAAGCAUUGCUCUUGGUCCUUAUUUAGUAGAGUGAGCUUCUUCGAUUGGAUACACUGAUACAUCUACAUGUGUGGUGUGCAGUUUUGUUCGUCUGGUGAAUGGCGAUGCUUUGCCUGCCAUUCGAAAUUUUCUUCACGUGAUAUUUGAUGCCCACAUUGCCUGCCCU